UCCAUUUAUGCCCUUCCCCUUGAAAAUCUGAAAAGGCUAGGUCAGCUUACAAAAAACCAGAGAACUCUUCAAAAGCACAAGAAAUUCCCACACAAUCGCUGCUUCCAAUCCGAAAAUGGCUUUCGCCACUCGCUUCCUCUCCAGAUCAACUCGCCAGGUGUGUACUGGGCAAAGUGUUCUGCGACCGGAGUAUGGUAUUCCAUCUCGUUCAUUUGCGAAAGGGGCUGCCACUGCUCCUGCCGCCUUAAAGGGAGAUGAGAUGUUGAAGAAUAUCUUUCUUGAGGUUAAGAAGAAAUUUGAGACAGCCAUAGGGGUUCUCCGAAAAGAGAAGAUCACCAUUGACCCUGAAGAUCCUGCUGCAGUUGCUGAAUAUGCCAGAGUCAUGAAGACUGUAAGAGAAAAGGCUGAUCUUUUCUCCGAGUCACAGAGGAUCAAAUAUACUAUUGAGACAAAAACACAAGAUAUUCCUGAUGCUCGAUCCUAUUUGCUAGCCUUGAAGGACAUUAGGGUCAAGAGAGGCAUUAUUGAUGAAUUAGGUGCAGAGGCUAUGAUGAGUGACGCACUGGACAAAGUUGAGAAAGAGUUGAAGAAGCCACUUCUGAGAAAUGAUAAAAAGGGAAUGGCCCUUUUGAAGGCAGAGUUUGAUAAAAUCAACCAAAAGCUUGGAAUUCGUAAAGAAGAUCUGCCCAAAUACGAGGAACAGUUGGAACUUAAAAUUGCAAAAGCCCAACUGGAGGAGCUGAAGAAGGAAGUUGUUGAAGCAAUGGACACUCAGAAGAAAAGGGAAGAGUUCAAGGAUGAAGAAGUGCCUGAUGUGAAGUCAUUAGACCUCCGAAACUUCAUCUAAGAAUAAAAUUCGCAAUCUACCGGUGGAACUCGUCUUAUUCCAUCUUUUUUUUUAAUUAUUAGCAUAUUCUGUUGUGCUCUUUGGGGAAUCUCCUAUGUUUCAAAGGGGAUUUUGUUUUCUUGCUGACAGAUUGGAGAGAGUAACAAAGACAUAUAUAUAAGGCUUGCCCUUUGGUUAAUAAUAAUCAGCCUCGGACGCACAGUUGAAAGUUUUUUUAUGAUGCUCGUUUUUUCUUGCUUCCGUUGAAGCUUAUUGUAAUGCUAUAUCAAGGCAUUUGUUUUGCUGUCUGAACAAAAUUAGAUGGGUUUGCAGCAUCGGUUGGAUUCCAAUAAAAAAAAAUGAAAAGCUUGCUUUGGAAUCUAGAUUGAAUGGGA